UACUAGAAGAGUUGAUUGAUUCCAACAACCGUCUGAACGGGAAUCGGAUUAAUUUCCUGCGCGUUCUCCUUCGCUCCAUUAUUCUUUGCUUUGACGUUCUACGCACAGCUUUCUCUCUCUACAUUUCUCUGUAAUCAAAAUGGCGAGUGAUCUGAUUCUGCCGUCCGAAAGUCCGGCGUCGAUCAUCUACGCGUCGUCGUCUGCAACUGCCGCCGUGGACGAUGGCGGCUGCGAAGACGGAUGCAGCAUUUGUCUCGAGCCGUUCAGUUCUAAUGAUCCUCCUACUGUCACCAAAUGUAAACACGAAUAUCACUUGCAGUGUAUACUUGAGUGGUCUCAGAGAAGCAAAGAUUGCCCUAUUUGUUCAAGGCAAGUUUUCUUGGAAGAUGCUGCCAGCCAAGAGCUGCUGGCUGCAGUGGAGAAUGAAAGGAAUGCAAGGUCAAGGCGCAGUGUGCAAUUUGCCCCUGAAAUUCAUGAAAGCAACAAUCUGGAUGAGGUGGAUGAUUCUGAUUUUGAAGAGAGGAUUCUGCGGCAAUUUGCAGCUCUUACCAGCAGAGCUCGAUCUAUUAACAGAAGGAUAAGACAGACGUCUUCAGGAGUUGGUCCUGCACAGGUUCUUCCUUCUGCUCCUGUUGCAGCUGGUUCAAUUAUGCAUCAAAUAAGUGACUCCUCAGAAGAUUCCUCAGAAGAGCAUCAAUCACCUGUUAAUGAAUUUUUUGGGAGUGGUCUACCUCCUUCUGGAAUAUCUUCUAGUACUGUUGGGCCACCAUCAUCUUUGUCUGUCUUUCCAUCUAUAUCAAAUGUAUCCCCUACUAUUGCAGCAUGUGGAGACGGUUCAGUUAAGCUCAGUGAAUCACCGCCUGAGAAUCCCCAGAGAUCAAGCUCAUCUGAGUUGCAUGCUUUCUCGGAGUCCAUAAAAUAUAAACUCUCUGCUGCUUCAGCCAGGUACAAGGAAACAUUCUCAAAGAGUACACGAGGUUUUAGGGAAAAAUUGCUUGCUCGGAAUACGACUGUAAAAGAAUUUGGCAAAGAAGUACAGCGGGAGAUGAGUGCAGGCAUUGCUGGUGUAGCCAGAAUGAUCGAGCGACUUGAUCUUAGCUCAAAACGUGGUAGUGCUUCUGGUCCUUUAUCCAGCGACACAGUGGGCACCUCAAGCUUUGCACAUUCAGGAAAAUCAGUGCAGGGGAGUGUAAAUCCUCAUUUUCAUGACGAAAAUAAACGGGAAUCUGCAAGUGGAAGGAGUUCCAAUGUAACCCCUUUAAUCUGCACCACCAUUCCAGAUCAAACUGAAGUUUCUGUUCAGCAGGGGAGAAACUGAACAACCGAGGCUGAUCAGUCAGAAGUAAAGAUGUUUUCAGAAUAGAUUCAUUGCCUGAUGAUGCCUCUUUAAAACAUAAUUUGCAAGUGACUGAAGAAAUCAACGCAGCCAUUCAGGUUGGCGAUUGAUUUGCGUCCUGCAUUGAUUGCUUAGAGCCUCGGAGAUAUAUGGCCUAGUGAGACUAAAUAUUGUAACUACAAGUUCCGGUAUUUCCUUUAUUUACUUGAACCAACAUAAGUUAGAUGAUAAAGUGUCCAUUAUCUUAAUGGAUGGAGGAGUUCGGAACAUUAGUUUGUUGGCUUUUCGCACCCUUUUUAUUCUUCUCUCUCUUUCCCUUUGGCAGCCUUUCUUCCCACAUUGCGUAAUAAUUUUAGUUGCUAGAGCGCAGUCAUAAAUGUGGUCAGUUGCUAUCACUUGUGAAGAAUGUUGUAAAUUUUCCACCAAAACGUUUUGCUCGUGAGAAGGAGAAUAAUGUGGUCGAUUGCUAUCAAUUUUCAGUUUAUUCUAUGUACUCAUUUAUUCAUGUGAAAGAUAUCUAUUAGUCUUA